AUGCCACCCAAGAAGAAAUUGAAGCUUUCGUCGCCCUCUGGGAAGACGCAGGCCCUUGCAUCCGGUGAGGACACCAUCAUGGUAGCUUCGAACAUCAAGGAUGUUCACGAGUUUCAGUUGAUGCUGGAGAAAUGGAUAGACACAGUGCACAACCUGAGGCAUCAUACGGGCCCAUGCACUGCGGCCCCUCCCGUGAAACCCUCGGAGGUGCUUCCAGGUCAGUACGACUGGCCCGUGUGUCAGGGCGGCACCUUGAAGGACAUCGCGCAGAGAGCCUGGGGUGAUCGCGACCGGCUCUUGACGUGCAGUGCGAAGAUGCUUCAUGCUGCUGGCCUCCUUCCAUCGGAGGAUGAAUGGCCACCGGCUCCCGGUGCCAUCUUCCAGACUUCCGUCCUCUGCUGGUGCUUCUCAGACUGCAGCUUCUGGCGGGGAGCCGCCAUUGGCAUGGCGGAAGUUGUGGGGACAGCGAAGAGCAUGGCCUUGACAAGAUUCCGUGAGGGUGAGCAGAUGGCUGUGCGACUUCCGCCGGAUGCAAGCAGCGCCGUGGAUGCCAACCAGUGCGCUGUUGGCACCCUCUUCUUUGCGGAUGGCAGUCAGAAGAUGCUUGCUGCGUUCAGCACGUGGCUUGCUGUGCUAUCCUUAUGGGAAGACCACAAGGAUGCAUUGCAAGUGCCUGGAGUUCAGUCCAUGUUGGCAUCCUUCCUCGCCAUCCCGACGUCUGUCAAGGGGUCAGUGGACAACUCCAACACGUUGGAAGCGGCGAUCAGCAGGAUAGUGAAACAAAACCUGGAUGCGAAAGUGUUGCCGGUGUCCAGCUUUCAAUGGUCCAGCGUGCUACGCAGCGUUGGCCACGACGUGAGUUUGGACCAAGCACUCCAGCUGUACAAUGGGCAUCCCGACGUGAUGGCCCACGACGACAGCGGCGCCGGAUCCAUAACUCUAGACAACAGAAAAAAACAGGCAGUGCAAAACUUUUACGAAAAGACCAGUCCAGAGGCCUUGCAGGUCGUCUUGAACUCCACGCACGACAUAGCCUUUAGCUUGGGCUGUUACGGUGAAAACUUUGCUCUCUGCAAUUUUGCCUUCAUGGGCAGCUCAGCAAACCUGUCUUCGUCGGAUGCUGCUGACUUGAGCAUGCACCCCUUCGACAAGGAGGCUUUCAUGUCCAUCGCAAUUCGGGAUUGGCGGCUCCCCAUGACUGCAGAGGCGCAAGUGCUUUUCUUCAUGCGGGUCAAGGCCCAGUUUGAUCGAGCGACCACCGGGAUCCCUGUGAAUCAGAAGAAGAAGUACAGGAUGAGUUCAGAAGAGCUCAUGAAAGUUCGCAACACCUGUGUUCUCUUUCAGCAGUGCUUCCACUUCCUGCUUACACAGGCAGGCGCCGACGCGGAGACAUGGCGCGCAGCUUUCAUUCAAGGUGCCGAUGAGGAUUGGAAGGUGCUCUUGGAAGCCCGCCCUUCCAAGAUGGCCAUGAGCAUGUUGGCCUCCGUGGAAGAUCGGGCCCGUCAGCAACUCUUGCACAGAGAGGCCUCUGCCAUGCAGGAUGUGGAAGAGCAGCGCCAGGAAGUGAUCAAAGCAGAGUGGAGCCUGUUUCAAAAGAGCUUGGAGAAGGACCAGCAAACUUUGCAGCAGGCAUCCGACGCUCCGCGCAGAGUCAGGAGCUUGCAGCAUGCCAGGCUGGUCGAGCAUCGCAAUCAGCAGGCGGCGGACGGCUUGAAGGCAGCCAAGGGCUACCAGGAAACGUAUCUUCGCAUCGUGAAGCUGGACAAGAUGGAGCUCGCUACCGGGCAGAUCUCCAAGAUGAAGCUGCAUAUCGCCAAGGAGUGCAGAUGCGCCUACGAGGACGUGUGCCUGCUGGGGUUUUGCGACCUCAAUGUCCCAUGGGCGAGGACACAGGCGGUGUGCAAUGCUUUGUGCAAGGGCAUCUCUAUGAUCAACUCGGAUGGAAAAGGCAUGAACAAUGCCACCUUGCUCCUCCUUCCGGAUUUGCCGAAGGAUAAGAAUCCACGGGGAUUGUACGAUGAAGAGAAGCAAGUGUUUGAGGAGCUGUUCGCACUCAAACAGCACGUUGAGACGAGGUUUGUGGAAAACUUCAGCCGGGAGAAGAAAAGCGAGGCCAAAUCCAAUGCUCGAAGAUUCUCCUCGGGUCGCUUGGUGACUGCUGCUGAGAACUACGAGGACAACGUUUGGUUGCAGGGUGAGCUUGCGCUUCACGGACGUCCUGUGGGCUUGAGGGAGCAAGAGGCUGGUGCUCCCACUUGCCUGUUGCCCAAGCAAGCUGAGCUGUUGCUGCCCGAAAGCGGCAGCGUGAAUGCAGACCUUCGACUUUCGGAUCGGCCGAGGCCCUCCCCAGAGCAGACAGCUGCUCAGAAAGGUGUGGAGAGGAUCAAGACUCUCGUGGACGCUUGCAUCCGUGGCGUGUCCCUGCCGGGACCUGUGCUCCUGGUCAACUUGACUGGAUACGUUGAGGAAGUGGGGACAGCCGUGGGGUUGCCCAGCGUUUUCUCCAGAGCGCUUGGGUUGAGGCUUCGAGGACGGAUGGGUGGCGAAGGCUUGGAAGGCUUCCACUACCAGAAGCUUUACUAUCUGUCGCUGCACAACAUCGACAAGGAAGCUGCUUGGCCUUAUGCCAACUCACGGAUGGCGAGGGAGAUCAUGGAUGCUUGGCUGGACAAGAAGUUGAGCCACGCCGGCCUCUCCUACGAUGACUCGAGUGCUGGGUUGUCAGACCAGGAGCUCAAGGGCAUCCCUGGAGCCGGAGUUCUCAAGUCGCCGGACACUCUCAAGUUGGAGGUCACCGUGCGGAACGGGACCGUCAUUGAGAUCCACCCGGACCAAGUCAAGAAGUGGAGCCAAACCGCUUUUGCCGACGAGUUCAGCAAACUUGCGGAGAGCCACUCCUCGAAGUUCAAGGAUGUGCUGAAGCCUGUGUUGGCCUCAUCGAGCUCAUCGAGCUCUCAGGCCGCUGCAACAGUUGACGAGGGUUCGACUGUGAAUCCGGAAACAGAAGACUCGUCGGCUUCGCCUUCCCUGAGCCUCAAGACCUGGGAGACCUACGACUCCCUUCACGGCGAGGACGAGAUCAAGCACAGAUGUGUGUCCGAGAUUGUUGGGGUGGACCUGCUGAAAAGCAAGGCUGGCCAUUUUUACCUCAUCUCCGAAAAGGGGAAAGUGCUCCCGAAGCAUUCGAUCAUCGGAGGCUUUGGUACCGGAAAGUAUGUGCCGGCCACGGAUGCAGCUGACGGUGUGCAGCUCAAGUGGAACGAGGGUGAUAAAACGAUUAUCCAAGUUGACAUGGCUGGCUUGGUCCCGGCGAACACGGGCUUCGAAUGCAUGACGCUCUACAGGUACCUGUUGCUGCUGGAAAAGCAGAAGAAGGUGACUCGCUACGAGCUCAGCUACACGAAGUGCACCCGAGCACCCUCCUCUGAUGGUGAUCUUGCUGACAGCUUCCAGGUGGAGAUCGCCGAGCCAUUCAAGUACAAGACGAUGCCAGACGUCGACAGGACCUUGAGCUGCAAGUCCUUUUUCCAUGAUCUCAUCAGUGCGGUGGACAAGUCCGAUGCCGCCCAGGCGGUGUUCCGAUGGAGAUUCGAAAGGGUCCACGCCUUGACAAAGAUCCAGAAGCCAUACGUGGCUUUGAGCGCCGCAAUCAAGCUGAAUCCGGGGCAGCCGGUGAGGCUAUCCAAAGCUGACUGA